AUGAAGAAAACGUCAAAAAAAGAACUUGACAUACACAUAAAUUAUCACACCAAGGAACGCCAAUGGCUAUGUCCCAAGUGUUCAAUGUUAUUCUAUAGUGCUAAUGAUUUACGUUCCCAUGACAAGAUAGUGCAUUUAAGAAUACGACGCUUUUUUUGCCGCUUUUGUGAUCAAGCCUUUGCUAAAAACUAUGCCCUUAAACAUCAUGAGAUGAGGCAUACGGGUGAAAAACCGCAUGUAUGUUCUGAAUGCGGCAAGGGCUUUAUACAAAUGGUCUCACUGAGGACACACAUGAAAAGUCAUAAACUGUGCGAGCAAAAGAAAUCCACAAAAACAAAUAAAGGGGAAAAGGUCUAA